UCGAUGCCUCAACACUCAGCCUUGGUACUCGUGUCAGAUGGUUUGCCAUAUGUUUUGUCGCCGGCAUUGUGUGUUCUAUUCUUGGAACAGCAUUGCUAUGGCUCCCAAAGGGGAUCAAACUUUUUGCAGUGUUUUACACCCUGGGAAAUAUUGCUGCAUUAGCCAGUACAUGUUUCCUGAUGGGGCCACUGAAGCAAUUGAAAGCAAUGUUUGAGCCAAAAAGAUUAAUAGCUACAGUUGUGAUGUUGCUUUUCCUGGUAUUGACUCUGUGUGCUGUAUUCUGGUGGAACAAAAAAGGUUUGGCGAUGUUAUUCUGCAUAUUGCAGUUCUUGGCAAUGACCUGGUAUAGUCUGUCAUAUAUCCCUUUUGCAAGGGAUGCUGUGAUUAAAUGCUUCUCAUCCUGUCUAGGGUAAAUUAAAAACCCUAGAUUAAAAUUAAGAACAGGACCACUGUACACUUUAAAAGACAACUUUUAUUCCCCUCUGAGUUUUGCUCGGAAAGCUAUACUUUUUCCACUCAUGAAAUACCCGGUAGCAACUUAAUACUUUCCUUGCCUUUUGCAUUUGGGGUAUUAAAUAAUUUGUACUAGAAACAGUUUUAAAAAUUAAUUGGGUGAAUUGUUUACCCUGGAACUUUUAGGCUUUUUUUACAAAAAAGUACAUUUGUGCAGAGUAGUCUUAAAACUACCUUGCAUCCAGUAACAGUGUAUUCCCCAGUGGAGGCAAGCCACUAAGAUCUGGGUAGUAUGCAUAAAGAUUUCAUUUACAGUUCGGUCUGAAAUUUGCAGUGUGUCGUGUAUGUUUGUAUAUUAUUCAUUGUAUGCUUUUCCAAAGAUGGAGUUUUAUAAACGUUGUAAAGAUUUGAUAAGUUAUAAUUAACUGCUUCUUUGAAAUGUCUACACAUGUGCCUUAUGGAAAAAGCUUAAUGAGAAUAUGUGAAACGUCUGUUUAAAGCAUGUUGGAUUUUAUUAAAAAGCUAUAUUUUAAA